CCGUGGAAAGUACAAAAGCAGGGGCCAGGGCAGUCGCUCAGCAGUGACGUUGCACGCAGCAAGUGGUGAAGUCGUGCGCGCCCUUGUUCCUUCCUCUUUCUCGUCUCCAUCUUCGGCGUAGUGGCAGCAGCGGCGGUGGUUCAGUCGCCAACAUGCAGCUCUUUGUCCGCGCCCAGGAACUACACACCCUCGAGGUGACCGGUGAGGAGACCGUCGCCCAAAUCAAGGCCCAUGUAGCGUCGCGGGAAGGCAUCGCCCCGGAAGAUCAAGUCGUGCUCCUGGCAGGCACGCCCCUGGAGGAUGAGGCUACCUUGGGCCAGUGUGGGGUGGAGGCCCUGACCACUCUGGAAGUAGCCGGCCGCAUGCUUGGAGGUAAAGUCCAUGGUUCCCUGGCCCGUGCUGGGAAAGUGAGAGGUCAGACCCCCAAGGUGGCCAAACAGGAGAAGAAGAAGAAGAAGACGGGCCGGGCCAAGCGGCGGAUGCAAUACAACAGGCGUUUUGUCAACGUCGUGCCCACCUUUGGCAAGAAGAAGGGCCCCAAUGCCAACUCUUAAGUCCGUUGUAAACUUGGCUUUCUCUAAUAAAGCCACUUUGUCCACUCA